AUUUAUUUAUUUUGCUAGGCCACCUGUGGUUUUUCAUUUGGAAAUGACUGAUAAAGCACGUAUUACUGGAAUUUUGCAAAGUGGAUCUGUGUGACCUGGAUUAGAUGGAGCAGUACGAAAAAGUUGAGAAGAUUGGUGAAGGAACCUAUGGUGUGGUCUAUAAGGCUCGGGACCGAGUGACCAAUGAAACUAUAGCUUUAAAGAAGAUUCGUUUGGAGCAGGAAGAUGAGGGUGUACCAAGCACGGCAAUUAGAGAAAUUUCUCUAUUGAAAGAGAUGAAGCAUGGAAACGUUGUCAGGCAUGUUUAUGUUGAUAGCACUAUGUUUUUAGUAUGAGCCAUUAAAUAUCCU